AUGACUUCCUUCAUCGACCGAGCCGUAAAGUCCACCCGGCCGACGAUGGCCGAGAACCUGGAAAGGAAGCAGGCCGAGGACCAGAUCUUUGCAGUGCAGCUCUACCAGAUGCUCUUCGAGGUCGACUGGGAUGGCGACGGACACAUCAGCAUCGAUGAGUUUCGGGAGGCGAUGGGAAGUGAAAACCAACUGGCAGCUUUCUUGAAAUUCCAUGGCCUCGACAUCAAAGACUGCACGACGUUCUUCGCGAUGCUUUCGCCGAGUGCUACCUCCGUGAGCUUCCUUGACUUCGUCCAAGCAUGCUGCCGGAUGCGAGGUUCCGCUUCGUCUAUGGAC